AUGAUCACCGCUUCCCAGCUCCACCUGGGCAUCUGCAAGUUCAAAGAUCACGUGGGUUGUUGCAGUGGCAUUUGGGAAUGGGGACCAGUCAAGGUUCAUGGGCUCGUGGAUUCCAAAAGGCCUUUGCGAUGCUUCCAGGAUGUUGCAAUCAUUAUGGUUGGGAACCUGUGCAAGAAAACUUCCCUAUCGGCGGACGCCCUAGCCACGCCCGAGGAACGGAGAAAGGUCGAUAUAUAUAAGGGUAUGUACGACGACGGCCCGCGCGCUCUUCGUGAGUGGCGCCUGAAGAAGCUCGCCGAGAUAGGCAUCAUUGAUAAAUCCGGAGCUGGAGAAUGGACGGAAUUCACUCCAGAGCAGAAGAAACAGUCUAGUGGUGCCAUGGAAGCUUGCGCUGGAAUGGUCGAUUCUUUGGAUGUCAAUAUUGGCAAAGUGGUUGAUUACUUGAAAUCAACUGGAGAGUACGACAUCACAUUCAUCGUGUUCAUGAGUGACAACGGCGCCGAGGGCGCAGCGCUGGAAGCCAUCCCCGUUAUAGACGACAAGAUUACGCGUGCCAUCCAUCAAUAUUCCGACAACUCAUACGAUAACAUCAGCGCAUAUAAUUCCUACACAUGGAACGUGCUGCUCGAAGCCACUGACAAGUAG